AGAAGUAGAAAUUAGAAUACUUGAUGUCUGGUGUUAAAAAAAACAAAUAAUAAAUGUCUAUUCUACCCAUUACAUAUAGAAAAAGUCGACAACAAAUUACGACGGAUAUUUCAUAAUUUAUUGAUUAGAUAUUGAUUUGAAAUUGGCCGCGGUCGAAUCUGGUUUCAGUGAUUGUAUCGUCAAUAUUAAUAAAAAAAAAAUCGUGGUCGCCGGUAUUAAACUUUAGUGUAUUUAAAUUUGUUCUCGUAAUAAAGCAUUAAAAAUGGAUUUUAAAAUGCACGAAUAUACCCAUGCUGUUGUCGGAAAAGUGGUUCCUGCUCUUCGUGCCACUGAUCGGGCGGACAUGAAUGAUUCUAGACGACAAUAUGAUUAUUACUUGAGAUUACUCAAAGAGUUGAAUCUAGAACUCAUCGAAAUAGAGACUGAUGCUUUUUUCCCUGAAAACAUUGUAUUGGAAGAUUUAGCCAUAGUUUGCCAUGGUAUUGUACUCAUGCCGAGACCCAUUUCAGCAACUGAAGAGAUUAUUAUGGCAGCUUUGAAAGAUGUGUUUCUCGGAGAACUUGGUCACGAUAUUAUUGAAAUUACUGAUCCAGAGGCAAAACUUGCUGGGUCGGAUGUUUUGUUUACAGGGAGAGAAUUCUUUGUGGGUAUUUCUGAAACAAGCAAUGAAGCAGGGGCUUGUGCACUUGCUGAAGCUUUUCCUGAGUUUCCCUGCACACCUAUCAAGGUUGCCAAAGGUGUAAGACACCUGAAGAGAUAUUUCAGCAUGGCUGGACCAGAUAUCCUCUGCGUGGCUUCAAGCAAAGAGGCUCAAGAGAUGCUGAAGAGAAUCGAAAGGGAGGCUACAUUCACUUACCAGACCCUCACUGUUCCGGAGAAUGGUGCAGCCAAUUGCUUAUAUGUGAAUGGCACUCUCAUACACCGUGCUAUUGAAGAAAUACCGGAAUCAUUCAAGGUAUUUUGUGAGAAGAUAGACUUUGCAAGGCGAUCUAUUUGCUUCUCUGGACUGGCUAAAGUCUCUACUGGACUUACUGCUUGCUGCCUCCUGGUGAGGAAACUUUAAGCUGCCAUUACCAUCUGGUAAUUUAUAUCUUGAUGUGAUACAAAACAGAUCUUUAAAAAUGUUUCAAUUAUUUAAAAUAAACAUCAUCAAUGUUGAUUCUGAGUUGGAAUUUCAGGCACAAAUGCAACAUUUAUAUUAAUUUCAAUAUUAUACUAUAAUAUUCUGUUUUAUAUAAAUAGUGCAAAUUGAAUAAAAAGGUAAUAAAAAAAACAUCAUAAUGACCAAUAAUAAUUAAGCUUGUGUACCGCUAUUGCGAUUUAGAAUAAAUAUUAAAGUGUAAUUGAGCCUAGGAGAGAAACGUAAAGUUUCUGCCAAGUAUUGAUUAAAGUUACAGAUUAAUUUGUUGCAUUUUGUAUUUAUUUACAAAUAAUAUAUGCGGGCUUAUUGGCCCGACUUAUAUAAUGCGAUAAAAUUAUUGGUCAAUUUCUGGUUAUUUUACUUAUUACAUUUUGAGCAUCUGUUUUGUAUCUCAUCUAGACUGCGUGUAUAACGAAAAGGCUAAUUUUAAACUGUGUUCAAGGAGCAAGUCCAAAAUUUGAAUUCUAUAAAACAAAUUUGAAAAUGCUUUAAUUCGCUUUUGUUCUAAAUUUCAAUUUUGGAUUUUAUAAACUAUGCUUCGGUUUUAAAAGAUUUCGUUAUUUCAUUAUAAAAGAAUAACAUUACCCAUUGUGAGUAAUUAUGUUGAAAAUAUGACAGUGUUAUUAUGAAACAAGAGGUCGUUUUUGAUAAUAAAUUUCAACCUUUAGAUAACACGCAAAACCGAAAGACUACAUUUUACCUCAUGUAAGAUAGAAACACAUUCAUCUUAAAACUUAUCAGUAAAUGUAUAUUACAUAAGACAUGUUGCUUUUGCAAUAUUAUCAUCAAUAUGAUUCUAUCUUUACUAUUUAGUAUUUAGCUUCCAUUCCCUAAGUUCCAAGACUGAUAUGAAAAUCUUUAAAAACUACUAGAAGUAUUAUAACAAUUAUUUACUUAGAUUUCAUAAAAAAAUAUUUCCCUUGUAGGAUUAAUAUCUCAAGCAUUCCCAAUUUAGUUUUAAUAUCAACCUUAAAUACCUAAACUAACAAUACCUAAUUAUAUUCCAUUGUAAUAAAUAUGUACAAAACGCAUAAUAUCUGUGUACCUGUUUAUGUACUUUUCAUUUUAAGGUAGCUUUUAUUAUAUACAACACUAAACGUUUACACUUGGCGCAUUUUACACUGGCACAAUUUUUGAAUUUUGAAUGAGACAUUGACG